AUGUUAGAGCAGUUACUGAUUUUCACAAGAGGAGGUUUAAUUCUCUGGUCAUGCAAAGAAUUAGGUAACGCUUUGAAGGGUUCACCGAUCGAUACAUUGAUUCGAUCAUGUCUUCUCGAGGAGCGAUCCGGUGCGGCUUCGUACAACUACGAUGCACCUGGAGCUUCCUAUUCGCUGAAAUGGAUCUUCCACAACGAUCUCGGUUUGGUUUUCGUUGCGGUUUAUCAGCGGAUUCUGCAUCUGUUGUAUGUUGAUGAUUUGUUAGCUGCUGUUAAGCGGGAAUUCUCGCAGGUUUAUGAUCCUUCGCGAAUGGUGUAUCGGGAUUUUGAUGAGGUUUUUAAGCAGCUUAAGAUUGAAGCUGAGGCGCGGGCGGAGGAUUUGAAGAAAUCGAAUCCGGUGGUUGUGAAUGGGAAUAGGAAGAAUCAGGUUACCUGGAAGGGAGAUGGAUCUGAAGGGAAGAAGAAUGGCGGUGGUGGAGGAGGAGGUGGUGGUGGUGGUUUGAAAAAUGAUGGUGAUGGGAAAAAUGGGAUUAAAUCUGAGAGUGACCGUGAUCGUGACCGUUUUGUUGUUGCUAAUGGUAAUAAUAAUAACGGUUCUAACUUGAAGAGUAAUGGUGGUAAUGUUAGUGUAAAUGGUAAAGAUAAUGAUAGUUUGAAUAAUGGAGCUUUUGAUGUAAAUAGGCUUCAGAAGAAGGUUAGGAACAAAGGUGGGAAUGGAAAGAAAACAGACAGUGUUGUAUCCAAGGCUGAGCCGAAAAAAUUGGUUAAGAAAAAUAGGGUUUGGGAUGAUAAACCCAAGGAAACGAAAUUGGAUUUUACCGAUCAUGUGGAUGUUGAUCGGGAUGCGGAUUUGGAUAGGAAAGUUGAUUAUUUGGCUAAGGAACAAGGAGAGAGUAUGAUGGAUAAAGAUGAGAUUCUUAGUAGUGACAGUGAGGAUGAAGAGGAGGAUGGUGAUGAUUCUGGGAAGAAUAGCAACAAGCCUGAUGCUAAAAAGAAGGGUUGGUUUUCAUCUAUGUUUCAGAGUAUUGCUGGGAAGGCCAAUUUGGAGAAAUCGGACUUGGAACCAGCUUUGAAAGCUCUGAAGGAUAGACUCAUGACCAAGAAUGUGGCUGAAGAAAUAGCUGAGAAGCUAUGUGAAUCAGUGGCAGCAAGUCUUGAAGGCAAAAAACUGGCUUCAUUUACAAGGAUAUCUUCGACAGUGCAUACUGCAAUGGAAGAAGCACUUGUUCGUAUUUUAACUCCCAGGCGUUCUAUUGACAUAUUGAGGGAUGUCCAUGCUGCCAAAGAGCAAAGGAAACCAUAUGUUGUUGUAUUUGUUGGAGUUAAUGGAGUUGGAAAAUCUACUAAUCUUGCUAAGGUUGCUUACUGGCUUCAGCAACACAAUGUUAAUGUCAUGAUGGCUGCUUGUGAUACAUUUCGAUCAGGAGCUGUUGAGCAGCUGCGGACUCAUGCUCGUAGACUUCAGAUCCCUAUAUUUGAGAAGGGUUAUGAAAAAGAUCCUGCUGUUGUGGCAAAAGAAGCAAUUCAGGAAGCUUCUCGUAAUGGUUCGGAUGUGGUUCUAGUUGAUACAGCUGGUCGUAUGCAGGAUAAUGAACCAUUGAUGAGAGCACUGUCAAAGCUGAUCUACCUUAACAAUCCCGACCUGGUCUUAUUUGUUGGAGAAGCACUGGUUGGCAAUGAUGCAGUUGAUCAACUUUCAAAGUUCAACCAGAAACUGGCUGACCUCGCCUCAUCUCCUACACCCAGAUUGAUUGAUGGGAUCUUGCUCACAAAGUUUGACACUAUUGAUGAUAAGGUGGGAGCUGCACUUUCAAUGGUUUACAUAUCCGGAGCUCCAGUCAUGUUUGUGGGAUGCGGACAGUCUUAUACCGACCUCAAGAAACUCAACGUCAAGUCCAUUGUGAAGACGCUCCUCAAAUAA